CCCACGCCCCCACUCUCCCGCACCCGCACCCGCUCGCCAAACCCUAGCCGCCGCCGCCACCAUCCACCUCGUCUCGCCAAUCCAGAUGGAGAUGCAAAGCCCUAGGCCGCUCUCCCCCGCUCCACCUCCGUGUCCAUGGCGAUAGACGCCUCCCCCCUCCGGCGUGCAAGAGCCCGGGGCCCCAGCCGGUGACGGAUCCCCUGAAGACGACGGCCGCCGCUGCCGGUGGGGUACAUCUUCAUGUGGAGCGGUGAGACCAGGCCCGAGUGCUUCAGGUACAGGGUGUUGGGCCUGCCGCGGGGGAAGCUGGAUGCCGUCUCCCGGAUCAGGCGCAACGCCGCGCUCUUCCUCUACGACUUCCACGCCAAGUACCUCUACGGGCCCUACCGUGCCAAGACGGUGCGCGCGCUGCUGGCGGGGCUCGACGAGGACGACCGCCGAGUGGGGCUGCGCAGGACGCCCAAGCGCGUCGCCAAGGCCUUCCGCGACGACACCCGAGAUGCAGAGGCCGCUGUUCUUCCUCCGUACAGCCGGGGGCGAUGCAAGCACCUGACGCCCGCGUCCUCAACUUCAGCAGUUCAGCAGGAUGUUGCGCUCGCUACUCAUGUUUUCUGA